AUGGUGGAACUUCAAACUGUACCACGUAGCUCAGUAGGGGCAUCAGCACCUAUUGAACUACUGGACUGGUUCGACCUGGACCAGGAGCUAAUCCUGGUCCUGGAGACACCAAUCCCCUGCAAAGACCUGCUCGGGUACGUCUGGGACAACGGAGCGUCGCUGGAGGAGGAAGAGGCAAAGAUCAUCCUGAAACAGCUGCAGAACAGCCACGUCUUCCACCGAGACAUCAAGCCUGAAAACAUCUUGCUUGAGACCGGCUCAGACGUCCCUCGUCUCCGUCUGAUUGACUUUGUUGUGAGCUGCGUUGCUGACGACACAUCCUGGUUUAUCAUCUUCAUACACCCCACCGGAGUGUUACCCUCACUACAGGUACAGGGCUGGUCCUACCACGGUGGGGCAGGGGCCAUGGCCCCUCCUGGAAUCUGA